AUGAUGACUUUCCCAAAUGGGAACCUCGGCCUUUGCCGCGGUACCGAAAAUCUGAUUCGCUCCCAAUUCGCUCCGGUUCAGCUGCAGCUUGAAAACAUAUCCCUUGUAUUCUCCUCGAUCGUCCCCCAUAACAAAAUGAGGCCAAUUCUCCUCCAAGGUACAGAACGCGCCCUGACGCAGAUCAAGUUCAACCACGACGGCGAUCUACUCUUUUCCUGCUCGAAGGACCAGACCAUCAAUGUGUGGUACACGCAUAAUGGAGAGCGGCUGGGAACAUAUGACGGGCAUAACGGGGCGGUAUGGACGGUUGAUGUCGAUUCGCAAUGCAAAUUACUCGUCAGCGGCUCCGCCGACAACACAAUGCGAUUAUGGUCCGUGCAGACGGGCAAGUGUCUGUAUUCUUGGGAGUUCCCAACCGCAGUGAAGCGCGUUGCGUUCAGCGAGGACGACGACCAGGUCGUUUGUGUCACCGAGCAGCGCAUGGGAUACCAGAGCACCGUGCGCAUUUUCAAUAUCAAUCGCGAAGACCCCACAAACCAAUCAGAAGAGCCUGCGUCUAUAUUUUACCCCAUCGGCUCAAGGCUGACACUCUGUUCGUUUGCAUACACCCCAUCGCUGAUCCUCACAGGGCACGAGUCCGGGAAGGUCGCGCUAUUCGACGCCAAGACGGGUGAUGAGGUGCUAUCAAAUGAGCGCGCGCAUAUGGAUGUCGUCACGGACCUUCAGCUUUCUGCGGACCGCUCGUACUUCAUCACGAGUAGCAAGGACAAGACCGCUCGGAUACAUGACACAAAAACGCUCAGCGUGCUGAAGACAUUCACGACGGAGACGCCGCUCAAUAGUGCCGCGCUUGCACCGGGGAAGCCAUACGUUCUCCUCGGGGGUGGUCAGGAUGCGAUGACCGUAACGACGACAUCGCUGCGGCAGGGUAAAUUUGAGACGCGCUUCUGGCACAAAAUUUUCGAGGAAGAGGUAGGGCGUGUGAAGGGUCAUUUCGGACCCGUCAACACGAUUGCGGUCUCGCCUAAGGGCGACUGCUACGCAUCGGGUGGCGAGGAUGGUUUCGUACGUGUACAUCAUUUCGACGAAAGCUAUUUCAAGGCGAGGCCAUAUGGUGAUCUGGAGAUCGAGGAGUGA